AUCCAUCAUCAUCCACACACACACAAACACACACUCUCUAGAGAGAGAAAGGUAGAGAGAGAAACAAACAACCCUUUCUUUCGAUUCACAUUCCCAUGGUGUUGUUGUUGUUCCACAUUUAACCUUACCUGACCCGUUUCGCGACCCGAUCCGUUUUCCGGUGGUGAUUCGAUUCGAUUCUCUGUUAGGGUUCCGACAUCGAACCACCGAUUAGGGUUUUGGUUUCUGAUUCAGAUUCAUUUUCAAUUUCGCCGGUUAGGGUUUUCUGGUUUCCGCCGCGAUGCCGCGCAGUUCGAAGCACAAAUCGAGCAAGCAUAGUUCCAGGGACUACUCCGAUUCCGAGAGAGAUUCCAUUGUUAAGGAUCGGAGGAGCAGCAAGGAGGAUGGCGGUAGCGGCGUGAAGGCGUCUAAGGAUUCGGGCUCUGGUGAGAAGAGGAGGCUGGAUUCGAAGGACGCGGCGGCGGCUGCGCAUGGGAACGGGGAGUAUUCUGAUGAGUACGCUUCGUCGUCGAAGCGGCGUAGGGAUGGAGGUGGAGGUGGAGGGGAUAGGUGGAAUGGCGGGGAGGAAGGGUCGAAGAAGUCGAAGACCGUCGGGGAUUCGAAGAGUAGGAGGAGGGAUGAGGGCGUGGUGGAAGGCGAGGAGGUGAAGAGGAGUGGUAGCGGGAAGCAUAGGGAUUCGUCGUCAUCCGGUCGGAGAGAAGGUGUGGCGGAGAAGGAGAAGGAGAAGGAGAGGAAGUUGAAGGAUGGUAGAAGUGAGGAAUCUGUGGAGAUUGAUGACCAGGAUCAGCGCUUGUCAAAGCAGGUUUUUGAAAAUAAUGAUUCAAAGAAAAUUGAUGAGUUGCGAAGCCCUGAACUUGAUAACCAGCUUGAGAGGCGAAUGAGGAAGAAAAGAGAUGACUAUGGUGAUGGUGAUAAGCAUCAGGAUGAUGUUGGGGAUGGUUAUGAUAGACGUUUGUCUUCUAGGGAUGACAUUGCCAAGGAUGGAAAGAAGAAGGAUGAUAGACGAAAAGAUGAGAAAUAUAGAGACAAAUACAGGGAAGAAAUGGACAGGGAGAACAAACAUCGACAUGACAAGCAACGUGAUGAGCGCCCUGCAAAAGAUCAUACUUCCAUUAGGUCUGAUGAUAAGUAUACUAGGGAAGAAAAGAAUAGUUUAGAAUCACGACAAAAGAGAACAAAGCAUCCAGAAGGUGAUAGGGACCAUUAUCAUGAUCGGGAUGGAGAACGAGACCGAGACCGUGAUUCUGAAUCUGUUCGUGAUCGUGAGCGCCAUAAUGAACGUGAUCAUGAUUAUGAUCAUGACAGGGAUCAUGAUUAUGACAGAGAGCGAGAUUGGGACUGGGAACAUGACCGAGACAGAGACCGUGAUCGCCACCGUGAUCGUGAUGGGUCACAUGUGGAUGAUAGAAGUGCUAGAGGCAAAGAGAGUGGGACAAAGAAAAAAACUUUUGAUGAUCGUGAUGAUUAUAGUGACUCUAAAUCUAGAGCUGUCAAGAGCUACUAUCCUGAUGCUGAGAAGAGGACUUUGAGCAGCAAUAGAGCUGAUUCUGAUGUUGACAGGGGAAGAUCUCAAUCUCGACAUGCCCAUGCAGAUUCCACUGGGACUAGCAACAAACACCGAUCCUCUCCUGCCUCAAAUACACAUAUUGGCAAAGAUGAACAUAGAAAUGCAAAUGCUGAAGAUUCAAAGUAUAGAGACUCAACAGUAGAACAGAGAACCAAAAGUUCAAGAGAGGGCUACUCUGGGAUUUCAGAUAGAGGCCCUAAAUACAAAUCAAUGGAUAAACCCAUUAAAAUAGAUGAAUGUCCUGCAGGGGACUUGUCAACUGAAAGGUCUUCCAGUGCGAAGGCUUCACCCAUGGGCCUGAUUGAAAGAUCUCCUUCAUCAACUAGCAUCGAGCGCAGAUAUGUGAAUAAAAGUGGUGUUAAGCGGAAUCUUGAAAUUGAUGAAAGUGGAAGGAGGAGCAGUAAUGAUGGAAGAGAUUUCUCUACUUCUGAUGAUAGACAUGGCCGGGAAUUGACUCUAGAGAAACUGGAUGAGCCCUCUCAAGCAGACUCAUCUUUCUACAGUAGGACUAAUCAGAGCAAUCCACCAGUGAUUCCUACCCCACCUGGUUUCAGGACUGCAUUAGACAGGCCUUUUACAGGUUCCAUGGAGGACGAUGUUAGAGAUAACUCUAAUACACGGUACAGAAGAAGUAGUGAACAUGGAUUUGGAAGAAUGCAUGGCGGUAAUUCCUGGAGGGCAGUUCCAAACUGGACUUCACCAGUACCCAAUGGAUUUGUUCCGUUCCCCCCUGGGCCAGGUCAUGGAGGUUUUCAAGCAAUGAUGCCACAGUUUGCAUCUCAACCUCUUUUUGGCAUUAGGGCUCCGAUGGAAGUCAACCAUGCUGGCAUUCCUUACCAUAUUGCUGAUGCUGACAGGUUUCCAGGUCACUUGCGUCCACUUGGGUGGCCAAAUAUGAUGGAUGGUACUGGACCUGCUCAUUUGCAUGGAUGGGAUAACAGUAAUGGUGUCUUUAGAGAUGAUACUCAAAUGUAUGGUGGUUCUGAUUGGGACAGGAACAGGCAUUCAACAAAUAGUCAUGGAUGGGAAUCUGGUUCUGAGACUUGGAAAGAACAGAAUAGUGAUUCAAAGAAAGACUUACCUUCCCCAGCCUGCAAAGAUGAAUCAGUUCCUGCUGUGGUUGACAAUGGUUUGACUGAUCAGACCAUCCGUAUGUCUCAGGAUGAGCAUAACCGGGAUGAAUUUCAUGAUAAGUCUCCUGAAACUAAGCUGACCAGUGUAAAUUCCCCUGAAAAAGUACCUUUGAACUCUUCACCCACAGCUGCUCUUGAAAAGGUGCCUGAUACUUCUACACCAAGUGACAAUACUACUCUUCUAAGCCGGUUCUACCUCUCCAAACUUGACAUUUCAGUAGACUUAGUACUGCCAGAAUUGUAUGACCAGUGUAUGUAUACUCUGAAUAUUGGCAAGCCCGUGGAUGCAGUUGCUAGUACAGAACUAUUAUUGAAGAACGGUUCGAGUGCACGGCAGAAAUUAGCUGCCUCUUCAUCAAAGCGACCUUUUCCAGCAAUUGAUAAUUCUAUCUUCCAGAGAGCCAUAGGCAUUUACAAGAAGCAAAGGGUGAAACUGCCUAAUGGGGGUGAUGUAGAUGUAAUUGCAGUAUCCAACCAGGUGCAAGUGAACGAGUCUGUUCCUGUUCCUGGUUUGGAGAAUAGGCAAAUUUCUGUCUCAGCUUCUGAUGGAACAAAAGAUGUACUAAUGCCUACAUUAGAACCAAAUAAAGUCGAAGUCCUAUCCCCUGCAAAGGAGCAUUUGGAAGAGAUCAAUCAAACAUCCAGCCCAAUGGAGCAAGAUCAUGAUUGCACCCAUUCUUUGAAGACAGGCAUGUAUAGUCCAUCUUCUGGUGCCGAGAACCAAGAGGCAGGUUUGGGAGCCCCAGAGAAUGAUGUCACUUCUGAUAAGGUGAAUUCAGGGGACGCGGAGGAGAUUCACUCCACGGCAUCCAAAGAUGAAGCUGAGUUACCCCCCAUGGCAUCCAAAGAUGAAGCUGAGUUACCCCCCAUGGCAUCCAAAGAUGAAGCUGAGUUACCCCCCACGGCAUCCAAAGAUGAAGCUGAGUUACCCCCCACGGCAUUCAAGGAUGAAGCUGAGUUACCCCCCACGGCAUCCAAAGAUGAAGCUGAGUUACCCCCCACGGCAUUCAAGGAUGAAGCUGAGUUACCCCCCACGGCAUCCAAAGAUGAAGCUGAGUUACCCCCCAGAUUGCAGGAAGAGAGUGAUGACAUGAAUACCAAAGCCACACCUACUGAUUCUGCCCAGUGUGCAGAUGAAAAGCUGGGUUUUGGUGACACAAAGAUAUAAAAGGAAGGGUUUGGCUUCGUCGUCCUGGUGAUUCAAUGGUGGGGUUUGAUGUGGCAGAGAUAAGGACUUGGUGGUUGUGGGUGUUUGUGCAGGGUUACUGGCUGGUUCAAGUGGUUGCUGCAUGGAUUUGCUGGUUAGGCUAUUGUACUGUGAUUGAUGGUGGUGCAUGGAUUUGCUGGCUAGGCUAUUGUACAGUGAUCGAUGGUGAUGGGCAGGUGGUGGUCGCAGGUUGAAGAAUUUGAUGAAGGCACGACGAUUGUGGGCUAAGGAAAGAGGCUUAGUUUGAUUCUAGGCUAUUGUACAUUGAUUCUUGUCAAUGAAAAUUAAAAGAAUGUCACAUGUAAUACUUAUAUGGAUUUCUGCCUCAUUUAAACUAAAAACUAACGUCAGGGAUCAAGAACAAAAGUUGUGAUUUUAAAGGUACUAAAAUGAAAAAAUUGCAAGGACUAAAUUUGAAAUCAAAGAUAUAUUGAAG